CUUCGCCGGAGGCUUCUACGCUAUUCUGUUUGUUGGCGAGAGAGAGUCAGCUUGCUUUGAAAGGACCCUCAAGGGUCCGAAAAGCGCCAUUUUCAUAAUUUCGCGCGGGGGCCCCUGUAUUAUAAAAGAAAGGUUAUGACAUCGCUGGCCCACCAGACUUAUUCCGGCAGCUACGCGCGAGGAUCGCCGGAAUUCGAGGGGGAGCUGUACGCGUCGCUGCAGCACUUUCCGAGGGGGGAGAUGCCCCCCAGACCUUGUCGUUAUGAUGAGUCCUCGCCCCGCGACAGCCCCGACGACCGGCACAGCAGUGGCGAAGAGAGGCCAGCCUGCGACUACGCCACUUCCACGUCGCAUGGCAUGACCACAUCUUUACAUCAGUAUUCUUCUUGCAUUUCAGGCGUCCACGGAGACGGCAGCUACUGUGGUGGCGGCAGCGACUACAGUGGCAACGAAUUUCCCUGCAGCCCCUACAAGGUCCAGCGUCACGCGGCCAACAUUCGGGAACGCAAGCGCAUGCUCAGCAUCAACAGCGCCUUCGACGAGUUACGCUGUCAUGUGCCCACUUUCCCCUUUGAGAAGCGGCUGUCCAAGAUCGACACCCUGCGCCUUGCCAUCGCUUACAUCGCCCUGCUGCGGGAGAUCCUCGUCUCCGAGUACGACCCCCUCACGCACAUCGAGAAGUGCCUCAAGGGGGAACUCAAGGGCGAGCACGCGGGCGAGUGGAACACCAGCGAUUUGACUGCUCGAUUGUCCUGGAUCAACUGGGAAAAUUUAGGAGUCAAUCCCAACCGCAGGAGUGUUUUGACCACCUUGUCCCUCACCACAGACACUCUGGCUGCAUGCCACAACGGUAGCUAAGAGAUACGCCUUGCUCCUACGCCAAGAUCUACGCAACUCAAAAGCUUUCUAAAACAAACAAGAAUCUAGAGGUUCAGAUA